GGGGGCCAACCAUGCGACACAGUAACGACCGGAUCCGGCAAGGUGAAGGCCAUCGAACUCUGGGCCAUUCUACCACCUCCUUGUCGCAUUCGCCAAGAGAGAAGAGAGAGAUGUCACCAGUCUAGUUUAGCAAGCACCUUGCCAUGCUCCGUUCCAGACAAGCCCUCCCCUUCCCGCGGAUGUACUGCGCCCUUUUUGUCUUGUGCUUGAUUGAUUUCUUCUUUUUUAAGCUCUUCGCUUGGGAAGCACGGCACGAGAGGAGAGCACGGCGCCCGCUCCGGAUGCUUGGGUCCCAGGGUAGCUUGGGCCCUUUGCCUAUGAAAAGACCUAUGAGAGAAUUCCCUCUUUUCCCACCAUACAUACUUGCAGGUAACAAUUCAUUCGCCCGGGACUGCGAGUUACACUGGUUCGACGCAGCUCUGCCAAGGACGGGAAACGUUCCAGAGGGGGAUCAGAGGGGAAGGGGGGAGAAGGGAGAGCAGCCAAUCAUCCGCGUGAGAACCUUAUAAACUUGCCAUUCGGGGAAAGAUGCAAGUCAGAAAAGGAGGUGUUUGAUGACGAUGCUGUCAUUCUUUGGCGCUGUUUUAGAACGGCACUGCCGGACGACGUGGUAAGGCUGAGAUGCGCGCCGGCAGCUGCAGUAGCAGAACA